CACUUCACACCCUUUUAACACCAAACCAACUCAGAUCAAGAUCAAGAUCAGAUCAAAUUCAUCCAUCCUACCCUAAUUUAUUAAGUAAUAAUAAUAUUAAUACAUUCUGAAUGGCCACUACUACUGCUACUCCAAUAAUCUUUCUUUUCUUCUUGCAUCUCCUCCUCGUCGGGGCCAAUAAUUACAAAGAUGAUCUGUUCUCCUUCGGCAAAGUGCCCAAAUCGGACAUCAGCCUUGUCGAGUUCCCUCUAAACUUGGAGUUUCUGGAAGCUGAAUUCUUCGCAUGGGGGGCCUUCGGGAGGGGCCUCGACAGCUUCGAGCCUAAUCUUACCAAGGGAGGCCCCCCUCCCUACGGGGCCAAGAUGGCCAAACUCACCCCCCUUAUCCGAGACAUCAUUGCUCAAUUUGCCUUCCAAGAAUUCGGACAUCUCAGGGCGAUACAAAAGGCGGUGGCGGGAUUCCCCCGGCCGCUGCUGAAUCUGAGCAAAGAAGCGUUCGCGGCGAUAAUGAACAGCGCAUUUGGAAGGCCGUUAAUCCCUCCCUUCGAUCCUUACGCUAAUGACGUCAACUAUCUCAUUGCAUCCUACGUCAUCCCCUACGUUGGACUCACCGGCUAUGUCGGCGCCAACGCCAGACUCCAAGGCCCCGCCUCCCGAAGGCUGGUGGCGGGGUUGCUGGGGGUGGAGUCAGGGCAGGACGCAGUGAUCAGGGGACUGCUGUACGAGCGGGCGCUGCAGAAGGUGUAUCCGUACGGCGUGACGGUGGCGGAAUUCACCGACAGGAUAUCUAACCUGAGGAACAUUCUGGGGAAGAAGGGCAUCAAGGAUGAAGGGCUGAUUGUCCCCUUCUUACAGGGCGCCGAGGGUAAGAUCCAGGGCAAUGUCCUCGCCGGAGACCAAUACUCCGUGGCCUACGACCGUACGCCGGAGGAGAUUCUCCGCAUCGUCUAUGGAACCGGCAGCGAGAAGAUACCCGGGGGGUUCUACCCCAAAGGCGGCAAUGGCGCCAUCGCCAAAUCCUAUUUAUCAUAAUCGAAAUCAAUCGAAUUUAAUUGAAUUGAGUUUAAUUGAUCAUCGUCAUCAUCAUUGCCAGGUCUGUGUUGUGUGUGUUUGUGUGUCUGUCUCUGUUUUGACAUUUUGAAUAAACGAUAAUCGAUCCA